AUGUCGAGUCUUCGAAAGCACAGCGUGCUUUCGAUCCUAAUCUUCGGGCUUGCGGCGCUGGCCUCAUCAACCGAGGGAGCUCCAGGUGGUCACAACACAGCAUGUACGGCGCUGACCAAACCAAGCAUUGCCGGAGCGAGCGUGCUGUCCUUCCAGUCACAACAUCUUCCCAACGCAACGGUGCUGGCCAGCCCGCCCCUUCUGAACAAUAACUUCACCAGACUCGACAUUUGCAGUGUCGAUCUGGUGAUCUCGCAUCAAGGCGCCCAUGACAAAGUCAAGAUCAAGGUGUGGUUGCCUGCCACUGGCUGGAAUAGACGCUUCGUAGGAACAGGAGGGUCGGGCUAUGCAGCGGGAUUCUUCGAAUACAGCCUUGCACCUGUGGUGGCACUGGGCUACGCCGCCGCAUCCACGGAUGCAGGUCUUUCGGGAGAUCCCUACAGCCCGGGAGCAUGGGCUCUGCAUCCCAACAACACCGUGAAUGAUGACCUCUUGCUGAACUUUGCCUCAAGAUCCGUGCACGACAUGGCGGUGGCGGGCAAGGUGAUCGCAACGCAAUACUAUGGCAGAAAGCCUGCCCGUUCAUACUGGACAGGCUGUUCGACAGGUGGAAGACAGGGCCUGGUGGCGGCACAGAAGCAUCCCCACGAUUUCGACGGCAUCGUUGCCGGAGCGCCGGCAAUUGACUGGGCCAGAUACGUGGUCGCAGAGCAAUGGCCGCAGGUUGUCAUGAAAGAGGAGGGGACCUACAUCAGCCAAUGCGUCCUCCAAGCCUUCACCAACGCGAGCAUCGCCGCAUGUGACGCUCUCGACGGAGUGGCCGACGGUGUCAUCACAGAUCUGCAAGACUGCAGAUUCGACCCGUUCACCUUGGUUGGAACAAGCGUACAAUGUGACGGCGGCAGAGAGGAAACCAUCACAAGGACAAUGACCAACGUUGUCGGCAAAAUCCUCGCUGGGCCCCAAGGACCCUCAAUCUCUCAUCCUUACGCUCUGAACCCCGGAGCUGCACUAGACAGCCUGGCCAACACGACAGUCGCCGCCAACGGAACCCGAGUCGGAGCGCCCUUUUUCGUCAACGCCGCCUGGAUCAAGUACUUUGUCAAGAAGGACCCAGACUUUGACACAAGCGCCAUUGGCUACGCGGGUUUCGAAACAAUCUUCAACCAGUCCCAGCAAGACUUCGGGCCCAUCAUCGGCUCAUAUGAUCCCAAUCUCUCUGCCUUCCGUGCCGCAGGUGGGAAGGCGAUUGUCUGGCACGGCCUAGCGGACCAAUUGAUCUUCCCGCACGACACGGUCGCCUACCAUCAGAAAGUCAUACAAACGCUAGGGAACAACGCGUCCGCGGUCGCAGAGUUCUAUCGCACGUUCCUCGCCCCUGGGGUCGAUCACUGCGGCGCUGGCCCAACGGCCCCUGGAGCCGUGCCGGUGGACCCGCUGGCGGCGGUGGUGGCGUGGGUUGAGCAGCAAAAGGCGCCGGAUGUGUUGGAAGCGCGCAAGACGGCGGCGGAUGGCACGGUCGUCUUCACAAGGAAUUUGUGUCCGUUUCCCCAGACAUCGCGAUAUAGGGGCACAGGCAACACCAGCCUGGCCAGUAGUUAUAAUUGUGCGUGA